UUCAUUUUUAUUUGCUUUUUGUCAAUUAUCCUGUAUGUUUUUAUAACAAAUAACUAUGGCAAAUCAAGAAAUAAGUUUAAAAUGGAACGGGUAUCAAAAUAACAUAUUGUUAAACGUGAAAGAGUUGUAUAAAGACGAAGGCUUGUCCGAUGUAACGUUAGUAUCGGAUGGACAGAGUUUUAAGGCUCAUAAAGUGAUAUUAUCUGCAAAUAGUAUUGUUUUUAGGAGUAUAUUUCAACAAAACCCCCACAAAGAUCCAAUUAUAGUACUUCAUGACAUCAACACGGCCUCUCUGAAAACACUGUUGACGUUUAUGUACAACGGGGAGGUCAACGUGACUGAGGAAUUCCUGCCAGUGCUUUUGAAAACAGCAGAAACAUUGAGGAUCUGUGGCUUGUCCCGGGGCUAUGAUGCUGGCAAGGAAGAUGAGAAAACAACUACAACUCAAACAAAGAAACGGAAGAAGAGUGAGCAUGAAGACAACAAUAAUACGAACAAAUGCAAGAAGCUUACUAGUCCGCCCAAGCCUGAAACAGUGGUCAAUUCUAGCGUCAGCGUUGUAGACCCGGCCAAAAGCUAUGUUAUAGUCCCUAAAGUGGAGCCCAUAGAUUCGCCAUUGACAGAUUAUUCAGGCGAAAACACAAACGACACAGACAUUGCAUUACUAGAGGAUACAGAAAAGAAAUACUCCAUAAGUCCAGAAAGUUUGACCGGUAAAUCACCGUGUACCGGUUCCAUUGAUAAUAGCGUAAAGAAGUGGAUCAACGAAGUCAGUAGCACUCAACCUUGUCUGAACGUUGCAAAUGAUAAAACUGGCCUUGAUAUAAUCGAUGAAGACAAGGAAUCCAUUGAAAUUGACAAAGAAGUUGAAACGGUUUUACAAAGUGGGACUAUCGUAGAAUCUCUGAGCAUCACAACUGAAAAUUUGAAUUCUGUGUCUAAUGAUGCGCAUAUCUGCAAAGAUAAGAAUAAUACAUGCUAUGCUAACCCCUCGUUCCCGUGUCCGUUUUGUCCACGCAUCUACAACAGCUGGGGCUAUAGGCGAAGACAUGUGAAGUCCAGGCAUUUAACAAAUAGACUAUCCUGCAAAUGGUGCGUAGCAGUGCUGCCAUCUACGGGCGCGUGGUACGCGCACGCGACUCGCGCGCACGGCGUCGCGCACGAAGAAGCACGCAACUCGCUCGUGGUCAUGGUGGAAGCCCACGCGGUCCUUACGCUACACGAGCCCAGCGUGGCCCAGCUGCUGGGACAAGUGGGCAUGAACGAGACCGCUGUGAGUGAGAAGAAUUGAGGUUUUUUAUGAUAUUUACUACUUAUCUGUACCUUUUAUAUGGAUUUUUUGAGGUACAUUUACACGUUUGCAACAGGUUUUGGCUAAGCCAAGAGUUAAGAUGAUAAUGCAAGUAAUA